CGGCGCGGUCUGGGGGCUGGGGGAACCGGGAACGCUGCCCGAUGGUGUGGGGCAGUGGGUCUGUACCUCCUCCCUGGACCGUUAUCUGGUCCGGCUACUCUUCAACGCCCCAGAGUCAUCUAUGCUCCUAAGAGCCUGAGCCCGCACCCGCCCGUGCCCCUCCCUGGGGUGCCGAGCCCGUCCCCAGCACCAUGCAUUCCUGCAGUGUCAGAACCUCUAUCAGCUGCCGCAGACGCUGCGGGAACGAUUGUUUUACUACGGACCAGAUAAACGAGUCCUGAGAGUUGCCCUUGUCCUAUCGCUGGGCAAGAAUGGAGGCCCCCCUGGUGAGUCUGGAUGAAGAGUUCGAGGACCUUCGGCCCUGCUGCUCAGAGGACCGGGAGGAGAAACCACAGUGUUUCUAUGGCUCAUCUCCCCACCAUCUAGAGGACCCCUCCCUCUCUGAGCUGGAGAAUUUUUCUUCUGAAAUAAUCAGCUUCAAGUCCAUGGAGGACCUCGUGAACGAAUUUGACGAGAAGCUCAAUGUCUGCUUUCGGAACUACAACACCAAGACGGAGACACUCGCUCCCGUGAAGAACCAGUUCCAGAUCCAGGAGGAGGAGGAGACCCUGCAGGACGAGGAGGUUUGGGAUGCUCUGACAGAGAAUUACAUCCCUUCACUCUCAGAAGACUGGAGGGACCCAAACAUGGAGGCUCUGAAUGGCAACAGCUCUGAUAUUGAGGUACCUCUCUGGGGCCCCUUACUUAAUAAGGCUUGAGAAGAUGUGGAUUCC